CCACUUCUUCCUCUUCCUCUCAGCUUGGAGUAAAGGUCUCAUUUCAUUGUUUCCACGUUUCGAGCUUGCCUUGGGCCUUAUCUAAUGGCCUUCCUCCUAACACAUUUGUCUCUUCUGUUUUCUUCAAACCCUGAUUUGACUUCCCGCCGGAGAUAGAUAACAAUAGUAAUAAUAGCUUCGGUGCUGCUGCUUGCUUAUCGUUGUCGUGUUGGUCCUCGAUCUCAUCGCUUUCUUCCUCACCGUCGCUGUCGAACAUAGAUGCACCACCAUAAAUUUGAAUCGCCCAAAAAUUCUCAGCUCUUGCGUCUUUGCUCAACCGAUUGUUUAACUCUGUAUAAUUGGAAAACAGGGGAGGGUGCAGGCGGAUGUGAACAACGAUGGAUACUUUGUUUACGAGUAUAAUUGGAAAAACAGGGGCUGAUGCGUUGGUGCUGUUGCUAGCGAAUCAACUCUUAGUGACAGAGGUGACUCGGUGCCUGUGUUGUGGUAGAGCUAUGAGGCCCAGAAAGUCCCCGUCGUUGGCUAUUAAUAUUAUCCUCUUCAUUGAGGAGUUUACCGGCGGGCCAUCUAUCGCAGCCUGCGGGAUGGGUAACACAAUCCACGAUAAACACACUGCAACCUCCCUCCCGACUGAUUGAUCCUUCCUUUGGAGGGCGGAGCCAAUCUAUGUGGCCAACUAUCGCCAAUCACCUUCCAAGCAUUCGUGAUUCGCUCCCACCACGCCACGAAAUCGAGACCCAUCACCGUUUUUGCGUGUGGGAUUCUCUUGUCCAGAUCACAAACCGACAUUACAGGGUACCACUCUGCGAACCAGUUGAACUUUUGGCUAUCUGUUUCAGUCAUGGGCGAGUCAAGAAUCAGGUCUCUUGUUGCAAUCGUAAACGGCGACGACGACAAGGCAGUGAAGAAAAGCUUUGAUUGGUUCGACGAGUCUCCAUGAAUGGAACAAGGGGAGAAAAGGGUGAGAGCAGAGUCUUAAAGUUAAAUGAGAGAGGCAAGAGAAAAUCCUCGUUGCAAAAGGUUCAGGGAUUGGGACAUUUGGAUUCUGGGUUCCAUUCAGUUUACUCCAAGAUGGGAGGAAGAGAAAAAAGUUGAAGAUGAUUUUUUAUAUUUUUUUUAAGUAUUUUAUAAGUGUCACAUCAUCAAACUAACGGUCAAAGGGUUUAGUUGACUGCCACAUAUGAUGAUUUUAACGGAAUUGGACGGUCGGUGGCUACAGUGAAACGAUUCGUAAAGUUGGUGACGAAUAAGAAAGAAAAGUGAUUCGGGUGGCAAACAUGAAAGAUUCGUAUAAUUAGAGUGACCAAACGGGUAAUUUAAUAUUUUGAUACUUUACAAAAAAUUUGGUUUAUUAUUGUUAUGAUUAUUAUUAAAUAUUAACUACUAAGUCCAAACUAACCAAGCCGAUAACGAAAAACUUACUAAAUCGGUUAGGGAUCGCAAAAAUUAAAAGGCCAACGAAGACGGCAUCUUCGUUGUUCGAAACGGGGGAACGCGAUCAAUCCUCCCUCGUCCUUCGUCCGUCUUCACAUAAAAUUUCGGCCAUCUCCGCUGGCUAACGGGGCCAGUCAGAAGAAUCAGAAUUAUCGUCAGCGGCCGUUGAUCUUCGGGUAGGCGUCCGAUCACUCUUCUUCUUCUCCUUCUUCCACUUACCCUGUGAUUCUCUCCCUUCGCGUAUGAGAAUUCCUUGAAAAGAAAACAGUACUUGAUCUUCGGAAUUUAGGAAAGCGAAGUUGGAAAAAUUCUUGUGUUUAUGGCUUUUGGCUGAUACUUAGAGCUUUCUUCUUGAGAAGUUUGGGGCAGAAUUUUGAUUAUCGAGUUGAUUGCUGUCUUCACUUGCUACUUGAAGUGGCUCCCUCUUGCUCUAGCUCUCUCAUGUGUUUGUUGAUUGGAAGAUUUGUGACAGUUUGGCACUGAACUUUGUGGGCGUGAAGUGCGAUGAUGGAGGCGGAUUUUGUUACCAGCGGGAUGUUUCAAGAAGAGACCGUCGAAAUCGAAGACCAUAAUGUGAGUUUUUUCCCAAGCCUUGGAAUGUCAAGGGUCUAUAUCCUUUUAGCUCACGACUGCUUAAAUGUUGCAAGGAAUGAUAGUUGUAUAGUGUUAACGGUUCAUCAAGGGGCUGAACUUUGCAAUGCGAGUUUUCUUUUUCCUUGCUUUUGAGUGUAACUCCAACUGGAGUUGAAGUCAUCUGGUUUGGUUUUUGGUCACGUACUCUCUUUGGAUGAGAAUUGGUGAUGAGCUAGCCUAUUAUAGCAGAAGAAACAAAGUUCAGUGGUUGCUGUGUUUUGUGAUGUGCAGGAGAAUUCUCUUUUGGAAGGUGAAAAAUGUGGGAUAUGCAUGGAUUUUGUCAUCGACAGGGGGGUUGUUGAUUGCUGCCAGCACUGGUUUUGUUUUGGCUGCAUUGACAACUGGGCUUCGAUCACAAACCUGUGUCCUCUUUGCCAGAAUGAGUUUCAAUUGAUCACAUGUGUUCCGGUGGGUCAUGAUAUGCUCUCGAAGAAUUUCUGACUGUAGAUGCUUUCAAUCAAUUAAGUGCUAUCAUUUGAUUCUAGUUCAAGGUCUUCUUCAGGAGCCAUAUGUUUUCAUUUUCAUUCUUACUUUAUGCCACUGAGGAAUUAGAAUCAGGCCACUGCAAUCUUUGAGAGAUAAAAUUCUGACACAAACUUAGUAUCUAUUUCAAUACAAUGACUAUAACUUUAUUUGUGUGCUCAUGUAGGUGUAUGAUACCCUUGGAAACAACAAGGUUGAUGAGGACACAUUUUCCAAGUAUGCACUGCCUCUUUUUAUUUUAUUUUAUUAUCUUUAUUCGUUUCUGUGCUUUGAUUGUUCUGUUUUUGAUUGUUCUGUUCAUCAUCUGCAAUCUUCUUUUAAUUCUUGGGUGGGCUGUGAUUGAAGUAAUCUUAGUAAUCACAAUUGAAUUUGAACAGUUUCACUGUUUUACAUGAUAUGCGAUUUCUGUUUCGUGUAUCUAUGCAGCAGAGAUGACGAUUGGUCUAUUGAAGGAAAUAGCAGCACCCUAUCUUUUCCUUCCUAUUAUAUUGAUGAAAAUGUAAGUAUCAUUCAACGAAAAAGAAAAUGUAAGUAUCAUUCUUAUGGUUUCUUUCUAAACAUGGUUCCAAAACUGGUAAAUUUGAUGAACUUGCAGCUCCAUAUAUACAAAGCCUCCUUUAUUACUGUUGCAUCUAGACUUCGAUUCUGGUCCUAGCAUUUUGUUGCCUUUCUGACUAAAACUCGAAAAGUAACUAUCAGAGAGAUGCGUUCUCCUUUUCUGCUAGAGAGCUAAUAGGAUUUAUAUAAAUGACAUUUUACUGAAGCUUUAAACUAAUAAGAAGGUAAUUAUGGAAUUAACUUGUGUUGGGUACUGUUGAAGCUUAUUCUAGCUGGGAGGUGCCAUGGUAUUAAUGGGACAUUGCUGUCUGAGGAUGAAUUAUGGCACCACAUAAAUACAAAUUUCAUUUACAACUCAACUUGUAGAGAGUAUUAUGAGAUGUAGGUGAAGGGCGGUAAUAAAUCCAUAGCUGAACUUCUUUUCCCUUUCAAUCAUUUUGUAGGCAGUUACCUGCUUGGAUGGGGAUGGCUGCAAAAUCCGAAGUGGAUCCAUGAGUAUUGAGGAAGAUCCUAAUCUUGAUACAUCUAUUGCAUGUGAUUCUUGUGACAAUUGGUAAGCCUACUCUUCAAAUUAAAAUGUGGGACUUGAU